CAGGACACGUUGUCGCAGCAAAAUCAGCUCGAUCUUGCGUCCUCCUACAUAAAGCAACUGAGAGAGAGAAUAGAGAAUUUGAAGGAGAGGAAGGAGAAAGCAAUGAGGUCACAAUUAGGGAUGGAUGCUAAUAGUACUAUCGAUGCCGAUAAUGCUAUGAUGGUGAGAUCAAGAUUGCCAGUUAUUGAAUUAAAAGACUCAGGUUCAGUUAUAGAAGUGAUGCUGAUCAGUGGGUUGAACAAGAACUUCAUGUUAUAUGAAGUGAUUGGUGUUCUUGAGGAAGAAGGAGCAGAAGUUAUCAGCGCUAGC